UCAAGUCACCUUUGGAGGGCCGGGAGCCUGGAGCCAGGGUCUCACGGAUCAGGCAAGGAGCAGACGCACUUCCGGCCAUAGGUAUCGCGUUAGGGGUGCGGCCCAGCCGCAGCCAAUCCGGUCCUCCCCGGCGCAAGAGCCCAGCCAAUGGGGCGGCGGCCCAGCGGAGCCCCCGCAACCCGCCCCCAGAUUCCCCGCAGAGUCUCUGGUAGGGGGCCGCGCGCGAUGGGCCCGGGAGGAGCCGAUGAGCUCAGGGCCGCAGAGGCUGUGCCACUGCCGUUCGUGCGCGUUGCCCCUAAGCUCUUUCUCGGAAGCGCGCGCGCCGCGGGCGCCACGGAGCAGCUGACGCAUGAGGGCGUCACUCUGUGCGUCAACGUCUCCCGUCAGCAGCCGGGCCCGCGCGCGCCUGGAGUGGCCGAGCUGCGCGUGCCCGUGUUCGACGACCCGGCUGAGGACCUGUUGGCGCACUUGGAGCCCACCUGUGCCGCCAUGGAGGCUGCGGUACGAGCAGGCGGCGCCUGCCUCGUGUACUGCAAGAACGGCCGCAGCCGCUCCGCUGCCGUCUGCACCGCCUACCUUAUGCGGCACCGCGGCCUCAGUCUGGAGCUUGCGUUCCAGACAGUGAAGGGUGCCCGCCCGGUAGCCGAACCCAAUCCAGGUUUCUGGUCUCAACUUCAGAAGUACGAGCAGAUCCUGCAGGCCAAGGCGCGGAUGCCCCGAGAGCCAACCGACCCCAGUAGCGGGGUCCCACGACCCCAGUGAGCCGCACCGUUCAGCCUUCGGCGUCUCCAACGGUCCUUGCGGCGGCGACGGAGGCUUGCCGGCACGACUGGAGGGACAUCUGCCCCUCCGUCUUCGCUGUCACACCAAGGCCCUGCUUCUCCCCCAAGUCUCCUCUUGCAGCAGCGCAGCUUGGCAGCGUCUCAUCCCCCUUCAGCUGGCAGUGCAGCAUCGUGUUCCUCUAGGAGGCCCUUGUUGCCUAGACAGCUUAUUUGGCAGGCUUUGGUCACAUAAACCACAGAAGAAAGUUUGUACAGGGAGCGAAAGCGGGGAGAGCCAGAGACAGGAGAUGAGGCCCGGCCAUCUACCUGGGAACAGCGGGCAGCUGCUGCAGCCACCCAAACUUCAUCCUGGGCCCCUUCCCAAAACUGAGCGAGGGAACGAAGCUGCUGCAGUCGAGUAGCAGGUCGCAGGUCCAUCUCCCACUAUACCUUACCUCUCCCAUCAUGCCAGCUCUGUGCUGGGCUUCCCUCGAUGUGGAGAGUGGAGCCCAGCGCCUCUCUAGUUCACACACAGCUUGACUUGGACAUCUGUGGCCUUCAGACUCCUAGAAAAUUAGCCACCAUCCACACCCCUUGAGUAAGACAAUAAGAAAACAGCAAAGGAAAAUGUGGGUGAUGUGUGUGAAUUGCAGAUAAUGUAGUCAUGGGUUAAUAUACUCAAUGUAUUUAAGGCAAUGAAUGAAUAAAGCACUUUAGUUGGUUUCUGCUA